GGCAGCUGAGGAGGCCGGAGAGAGAGAGAGAGAGAGCGGUGCUAGGCCUGGGACUGGCCGCGCUGGCCGGAGCGAUGUGAAGGGGAGAGAAGCGGCUCAUUCUCCGAGUUAACCUGAACGUCUGCCAACAUGGACAGCAACAGCUUCAUUCAGUUUGAUGUGCCAGAAUACAGCAGCACGGUUCUCAGCCAACUUAAUGAACUGCGCUUGCAAGGGAAGCUAUGUGACAUCAUCGUUCAUAUCCAGGGACAGCCGUUCAGAGCUCACAAAGCUGUGCUGGCCGCAAGCUCUCCGUAUUUCCGUGACCAUUCUGCACUAAGUACCAUGAGUGGCCUAUCUAUCUCCGUUAUCAAAAACCCUAACGUCUUCGAGCAGUUGCUUCUAUUUUGCUACACUGGAAGAAUGUCUCUGCAGCUAAAGGAUGUGGUGAGCUACUUGACGGCAGCAAGCUUCCUUCAAAUGCAAUGCGUGAUAGACAAGUGCACUCACAUUCUUGAGAGCAUUCACUCAAAAAUUAGCGUUGUUGGUGUCAAUUCAGCCGGUGGCGAAGAAGGUCAAAGUGGUCAGAAUGGCGUGAAAGAUGAUAGCUACUUUGCCAACCCAGGAGAGAUCUCCCCUCCUUACUGUGGACAAGUGCGGCAGUCCAUCAUAGGCAGCGACUUAAAAAUAGACUCCAUGACUAACAAAGCUCUACGGAAUCGUUCUCAAGAAGAGGGCCAUUCUGACCGGGGAAGCAGUGGGAGCAUUUCAGAGCAUGAGAUUCAAAUAGAAGGCGAUCAAGAACAUGUCGAUAUGACCCGGGAUAACCAAAUCACUGAAGUGAAAGUAAAAGCGGAGAAAUCAGACCGACCAAGCUGUUCUGAUAGCUCUUCUUUGGGUGAUGAUGGCUAUCACACAGAGCUGGUUGAUGGAGAGCAAGUGGUGGCGGUCAACGUAGGAGCCUAUGGGUCUGUACUGCAGCAUGCCUACUCAUUUCCCCAAGCUGCUUCCCAGUCUACCACCGUUUCAGAGCCCUACGGUACCAUUAGCAACUCAAGUCCUUCCAGAUCAAUGCUUAGUUGUUUCAGAGGAGGAAGAGCGCGCCAAAAAAGGGCUUCCCACUUAGGGAGUGACAUGCAAAAUGUGAUCCAAAGCUCAGAGAACGAGACCGUUGUGAGCACGCCAAGUUACGAAAGCAGUCCACGUGAACGAAGCACCAGAGGGUACUGGCACCCGUACAACGAGAGACUAAUAUGUAUUUACUGCGGCAAGACCUUCAACCAGAAAGGAAGUCUCGACCGACACAUGCGGCUGCACAUGGGAAUCACUCCGUUUGUGUGCAAGUUUUGCGGGAAAAAAUACACCCGUAAAGACCAACUAGAAUAUCAUAUUCGGGGCCACACAGAUGACAAGCCUUUCCGAUGUGAGGUGUGCGGGAAAUGCUUUCCUUUCCAAGGCACUUUGAAUCAACAUUUAAGGAAAAACCAUCCUGCUGUGGCUGAAGUUAGAAGCCGAAUGGAAUCUCCAGAACGAUCAGAAGGCUACGCGGAACAAAAUGAUGUUUCUGCUUCUGAAUCAAACCUGGACUCAAAUGUUGAGAUUCACACCGUGUCUACUACACCCGAUUAACACCAGAUAUGCCAAGGGCAUAAUGUAUAAAGCACACAUAUCACAUUAAUCAAUGCAUAUUUUUAAUAUUGGCUUAUUUGGUAAUAUAACUCUUUUAAGCAGAGGAUGCUUUCCUUCCAUAUAUUUUUUUUUUUUAUUUAUUUUUUUUUUGGGUGCAGGGUGGGCUGCCUCU